UUCAACUUCAAACAACUUCAAACGGUUAACCAAAAUAAACAUCCUCCAUUCAUUGAAUUUUUUUAAAAAUAUUAAUUAAAUCGAAAAAACUUACAUGGAUCCAUCGUACUACAACUACUCAUUGCCCGAAUUCUCACCGGGAACCUCUUUUAGCUCACCCGAAAACCAUUCACCAAUUGUCCAAUCCCAUUAUCCAUAUAAUAACCAAAACUAUCAUUUUCUUCCAUUUAAUGAAAAUGACUCCGAAGACAUGAUGCUCUACGGAGUCAUUACAGACUCUGCUGGGGAAAUUUCUCCAGCAGAGCAGAAUAAAGAUCAGCAAGAAGAGAAAGAAUGUAGUUAUAGAGGCGUGAGACGACGACCAUGGGGGAAGUAUGCAGCCGAGAUACGUGAUUCUACAAGAAAUGGAGCUAGAGUUUGGUUGGGAACAUUUGACACUGCUGAGGCGGCUGCUUUGGCUUAUGAUCAAGCAGCAUUUGCCUUGAGAGGAUCAUCCGCGGUGCUUAAUUUCACAGAGGAGAAGGCUUAUGAGUCUUUAAAGGAGAUGGGGUACAUGUAUGAAGAAGGCACCUCACCCGUGUUGGCAUUGAAGAGAAUUCAUUCAAUGAAUAGAAGGUUGGAGACGAAGAAGAAGAAACAAGAGGAGUUCAAGCAAGAAGACAACGAAAACGUUGUCGUUUUUGAGGAUUUAGGUGAUGACUAUCUUGAACAAUUAUUAGGAUUUGAUGACGAGAGUAGCGGCACUACUAGUAAAAAUUGGUGAAGAAAAUGAAAGUAUUCAUGGUAAAAGAGCAUAUAGACAUAUAAUCACGAUUUUCUUUAAAAGAUUUUUUGAUGGAAGUCUCAUGUUUGAUUUCCUUUAGCUUCAACUUAUUGGACGACUUUACCUUAUUGAAGAGUUUUUAAGUGUUA